GAUUAAAAUAUCUAGUUCUGCCAAUGCCACCGCGGAUUGCGACACUCACGGGAAGAUCGUCUGGCGGGAGGAGAAUCCCGGACCACGUAGUAUAAAAGAUCGAAAUGUCUCCGGAUGGAUGCUGAACUCAUCGUCCUGACACCACACGGCUAACAUGAAGCUUCUCCUGCUCAUCUCCGUGGUAUGCUUCGCGGUAGCUCUAGCAGCGCCGGCCGACAAACAGAAAAGGGAUAUCCUGCCGGGCGACCCGCGCUAUGGAACUGACUAUCAUCACCAUCAUCACCAUCAUGAAUAUGAGAAUGAGGUACCCCAAUCGUCCUAUGGACCGCCCAGCCACAAGGACGAGCCCUUUGGUUUCUUGGCACCCAGCGACGCUACGAAGGGUUCUGCCGUCUUCCAGGUCCCGUCAACCUCCUAUGGCGUACCGGACACUACUCACUUUAUUAAUAACAACUAUCUGGGACCCGCUGUCGAAGCCAAGAAACCCGAACUUACCAAGACGGUGCACACGCACAACUUUAACACCGAGCAUCAGAUAUCGUCUGUCGAAGCGCCCAUCAGUUCUUACACCAACAUUAAGCAAGAGGAACACGUUCACAUUCCGCAAACUUCUUAUGGAAUCCCUGUUGCGAAGACCUCUAUCCAGCCAUCGUUCGAGAGCGUGCACGUGCAGCAGCCAGUGGUCCACAAGCAUGUGGAGGCCGUCUCCGUUCCGCGAGUGAAGGUGACGACGUCUCAACUGCCCGCCCAAACUCAAGGCGUUCAGCACAGCAGCGUAAGCAGUGGAUCCUUCUUCCCUUCCUACCCCAGCCACACCUCGUACAGCAACAUACCCCUGAGAACUGUGGAUCACCACGUUCACGUGCAAGUACCUCAACCGUAUCCGGUGCCGGUGACCAAGCACGUCACGUACCCCGUUCCGGUACCCCAAGCCGUUGAAGUGCCCAAGCCCUACUACGUCCGUGUACCUCAACCAGUUCAGGUCACCAUAAACCGUCCGUAUGCCGUGGAAGUACCUCGUGCGGUGCCCUACCUCGUGCCACAGUACAUCAGAACCAGCGUACCGGUCAUCCAGCACCACUCCGUCACUCCAGUGAGCGUAGAGGCCAAGGAGACGACCAACCCGGUGCAGGGUUUCUUCCAGAACACCCAAUCGACGUUCCAAAACGUGCUGGACAAUCUGCCGAGCUUCCAAAACCCCCUGCAAGGUUUCCAGAACCCCUUCGAGAACUUUGAACUGCCGUCUCUGCCUUCUUUACCCUCCUUGCCUUCCUUCCCAUCCCUGCCAUCGUUUCCGCCUCAGCAGACUCAAACCGCGGCUCCAGCCGCAGUCAGCACCAUCGAUGUGUCCGCACCGGCUAUCUCCGACUCGGUCACCAUCGACAAUCCGACGCUAAAGACCGAGACCACUGUUACAAAGACCGCCGUCCCGCAUUCGACCGUGACCACGCAUCACACCAAGACGCUCGCUAAAGAUUCCACUCCGUGCGCCGGAUGCUCCGUCUCGGCGACCAGCAAGAAGGAAUAUGUACAGCCCACCGACGCCAACGGUGGUUACGUCUACUAGAACGUAUAAUUAUGUUGGAGAUUGGAUAGGCUACCGGAAUUUCUUAGUGGAGAUGUUAAAGGCUCACUCAGCGCAACGGUUUAUUUCUCAAGUGUUUAAAUCGAUCGAAAGUUUCUUUAUUGCGCUACUGGUGCUCGAACACACGUAAGAAAGCUUAAGAUCUCGUAUUCUGAAUGAUUUUUGCAAACUUGAUUCUCUUACACUUUGCUAUUUUUAGUUAAUAUUUCAUAUGAAAUUAAAUAAUUUUUAUAUAACAAGUAAUUCUGAUACCACUUUUUUAAUUCUCUUUACAAAUAACGAUCAAACUUUUUUUGAUCGAGAUAACAUUUCUGUCCUAACAGCAUAAAUGAGCAAAAAGAAAUUGCGCGCGAUAACUUAAGAUAAUAUUAUAUAAUAGCAUAUAUUUAGGUCUGCAACAAACUGAAUGACACGUAAAGGUUCAAAAGAUGUAGUAUCUCAGACACCUAAAACGAAUGAUGUAGAAGGAUUAUUAGAAAUUAAAAAAAAGAUGUUUGUACGUAAAUAAAAUUCUUUUAUUAC